GCAUCUAGUGAAAGGAAGUUAAGCAGUGAAAAUGGAUAUACAGACGAACGAUACCUUAGUUUUGUUAUUUGCGAUAAUUACAUAUUAGACUGUUUUAGUUCGCGUCUCUUUUGAUAGUGGUUUUUUAAAAUCAUACAUAAAAAGACUGUGGGACUUCAGCCCCGAUUUAUAUACCGUAUAUUGUUGGCAGAGAGUUGACAGUUCGGUUCCAUUAUUAACAUCGGGAUUGUAACUGUUAAUGAUGGAAUCACAAUGCGAGUAUUUUAUGUAUUUUCCUGCCGCUCCAAUAUCGAGUCUCUCGGAUUCGGCAGAGUAUGCGAGUCUUCCACGUCGAAAGCACGUCUACCUCGGUGAAACCAUUCAGUUCCUGCUGGUGGUGCGGCCCCGGAUACAACACCAGAACGCAGUAGGUACGGUUGACAACUCCGGUGUUUUACCUGGGAAGAACCUGGUGUCUUCUCUGUCUGCUUUGGCGAGUGUGUGCGUCGCCCAGAGUCGGGAGCAAACACCCGCCGAGUACCAGCCAGACCCCCAGAGUAGCUGCAGCGAGGAUGGGGAAGAGGAGACUGAGGAGAGGGAGACAGGAACCACAGAGAACCGCGAAAGAAGAGCGGACAUCAGCCGUAACUUCAGACAGUGCAACCCGCUUGUCAUUCACAACAGCUCGGCCAGUGACGGGCGACAGCACGGGAGGGAGCCAGUGAAGUCUGCUCUGGUGUUGGAUGACCAGGUUAUCUUCUGUCUCACAGUUUCUUUGGACAAGCUGCCAGCCAACACAGUCAAAGCCAAGAUCGUAGUGACUGUGUGGAUGCAGAAGGAAGAGAAGGUGGAGAUGAAGGAACAUGGCUACCUACAUCUUCUGCAGCUCAGGAGUCCAACACACACCUUCAGACAGGACCUGGACACCUUCAAAACACAGGUCAGCACCACCCUGAAAGUGCUUCCACCUCCUAGUGUUCAGUGUCAGCAGAUGACUGUCUCUGGAAAACACCUGACUGUCCUCAAAGUGUUGAACUGCUGCUCUGAAGAGGAGUUGUGUGUUAAAGAUGUGAAGAUCCUUCCUAACUAUAACUCAUCUUACCUUCCCAUGAUGCCAGAUGGCUCAGUUCUCAUAGUUGACAAUGUCUGCCACCAGUCAGCUGAGGUGACCACGGCUUCAUUCUGUCGAAUAGACAGCAAGUCAUCACGUUUACCGAGUGUGCUCAGUGCUCUGGAGGAGCAGAACUUCCUCUUCCAGUUGCAUCUACAAAACAAAGAGGAAGAAUCCAGUGAGGGUUUGGAAAUUCCACUGGUGGCUGUGAUACAGUGGUACACUGUAACAUUUCCUUUCACAAGAUACAUUUCUAGUUGUUACUUGUUACCCAGUAUCCGUUUGGAUUGUCCACGACUGGUGAUGACAGCUUCCUGUCCCAGUGUAGUCAGGCCCCUGGAGCCCUUCCGGGUAACAUACACUCUGAUGAACAACUUGCAGGAUUUCUUGGCCGUUCGUCUCAUCUGGAGUUCUGAAGCUCAUAGAGGAAAUCAGAAGGACACAGGAGUUGGAGCAGUGGUGUGCCAGUCUCCCCUCAACAGUCUUGGACAGUGUAGGAAGGGCUCCACUAUCUCCUUCACUGUGGCCUUCCAGAUCCUGAGGACUGGACUCUUUGAGCUGAGCCAGCACAUGAAACUAAAGCUCCAGUUCACAUCCUCUGUGCCAACUUCUUCCAUGGAGCCCUGGCUGAGUAAGGCUCCCUCAUCAUCCAGCCCUGCAGUUACAGAGCUGCAAGUGAAACACAGCCUGGGCCGAUCUCAGAGCUUCUCCCACCAGCAGCCAUUUAGAUCACACCAUGUCAGAUCAGGCAGUGUGAUGGAGCAUCAGGCCAUCACACCUCCUGUAGGAUCUCCAGUUGGUAGAGCCCCCUACCUGCCACCUGAGCGUGCCCUCAUUUCACUGGACAAAAUAGCCAAGAGAGCCUGUAAGGUGUUGGUGCUGGAACCAGUCCAAGAGGCACAGAGCAGGUGACUUGAAGAGGAAGCUUGUACAGGAGACACACACAUCUGUGUUUGGUCCCCCUGUCCCGACACCAGAGCCUGACGGAGGCAUUCCUAGAUGGAGUGAUGGAAGGAGAGUCAGAGAGGAGGAGUGGUGCUGAUGUGGUGAGGAGAGCGGGCUCAGUAGAGAUUGAAAGUGCAUGUGGAGCCACAACAAUUUAUCAUUUCACUGGGUUAUCCUUUCACUGGGUGGGUUUUUUUUUUAUCCCUUCAGAGCCGUUAUUAGGGUUUUGCACAUUUUCUUUGUCUUCAUUCCAUUUUACUUAAUGGGUCAUUUUUAUUGCCUUCUUAUUGGUUAUUGUCAGGGUGAUAUAGUAUAUUUAUGGGAGUUUUGUGGGAGUAUUAUUUAUUGUCUUUUUCUAAGUGGCAGCUCUUGUCUCCUUGUAGUAUUCAGUCAGGAAACCCUAGGUUUACCUGCAUUUGUCAGGGAGCACAGAUGAAGCUGGAUGGAUCCAGCAGUUUGGAUUUGCCUUGAUAAAGAAACUGUUCAAUAUUUUGUGGACACAUCCACUUUGUAUACUAUAUGUCCCUCUACGGCUUAAACAUUCCAAAACGAAACACAUUUUGAAAAAAAAAACUACAGUAUUCCUGUACAGAGCAUCAGGAUAUAAAAAUGAUGCUGAUCCAGGAAAUCUGGUAAAAAAUCAAAUAGAGAAAAUUCCCAAAUGUAGACUGCUCCUUUUAAAUAAGUUACAGUAUGACAGAUGCUGCUCUGUAUUGGGAAGUUUGCAUCUGUUAGAUUUUAAACUACAACCUAUUUAUUCACCUUUCAAUUAAAUGUCCUUUAACAUGUGCCAGCUGACAUUUCAUUUUAAACUUUUUACCUCUCAUGCGUUUUAUAAACUGAACUACAAACAGGUUUACACUGGAUGACUGCUGCAUCUCAACUCAGACUUGAAGGCUUGCAUCUUUCUAGGGAGGAAGUGUUUGCAUUCAGAUUGAUAUUCAUUGGAAAACAAGUCUUUUAUGACUAUAGGACAGAAUUUAAUGUGUGUGGGCUUUACACUGGCUGAUUUAUUUCACUCUGUCUUAAUGCUCAUAUUUUAUUGUUGUUGGAUUCUUCUAAGUUCCAUAGAAUCCGAUUUUAAAUAGAUAUUUUUGUAUUUAGUUUGACUUCUCACAUCCAGUACUGUACACUGCAUGAUGUAACGGUACAUCGGUGUACUGUACUAGCACCUUUUACAGUGUGGUCUUCUCAUUUCAUUGUCCAAUAAUUCAAGCAGAAUUUGUGUAGCAUAGGUUAAAUAACACCAGAUGGCACUUGGUGAGAUUCCUCCUAGAAUUAAUUUAUCACAGUGAAUGAGAUCUUUAACACUGACAUUAAAGGAUGAUCACAGUCUCUGUUCAGUAAAAUACUUACUCAGGCAAUAUGGGGCUGUUUGAGGACAGUGAACAACUAAAACCUCCCACAUCACAUUUUCUACAGUGGAUCUAAAUCAUAAAGUCUUGCUGUGGAUGGUGAAGAAACUAGUAUCAAAGCUGGACCACAGUGCCUACGUGAUAUCUGAUUUCUAAAUAAUGUAAAUGGAUUUGACAAGUGGGAUCUCAAAGCAAAUGUGAAGUGAAAGUUCAGUUUCAGCAGGCGUAUAAAUAAAAACCGAAUGGUAACAUUAAUACUUUAUUUAUGGGUUCCAAGAAUUUCAUAGGGUGAUUCCUUAUAAGAACAUUGUCAUUGUUUUUGUUUUUAUUUUAUUUCUGAUUACUCUUAAGUGUUACCAAUGAUGGGAAAUAGAAACAAAUAAGUUUCUUUAGUUGUUCAAUUCCAAAGGGCUUUCCUUAAAAUAGGUAUUUAAAAAUGAAUGACUGCAAAUAGUGACAGGAUUUUAUCUUAAAACCUAAGUGAAUAUUGUAUUGUAUUGGAACCCUGACUUUGAUUUGGAAAAACUUGUUAUAGAUCUUGUCAUGUUGGUUAAGGAGAAUUUUGAGGGUCAUGGAAUCAACAAAGUCGUUUUCCUCUCAGAACCAUGAAUACUUAAUGGAAAGCCAACCAGUUGUUGAGAUACAGUAUGGUUUGUACCAUUGCAGUGUUUGAGCUGCUACACAUUGAAAACAUGUCAUAGGCCCUGACAUACCUUUCGCAGUCCUGUAUGAUGGCUGUCGGCUUUGAAAGAAGAUGAAUGUGUCUUGUAAUGUCAUUCCUUGGUAUGGAACCUUCUCUGUACUGGCUCAAAUGUUUGGAGUCAUAUUCAUUGUGUGAGGAAGAUUAUUGUUGAACUUGAGAGUAAAACAUAUGUUUUGAAAUGUUAUGAUGUCUGUUUGACAUAUAAAACAUUCCUGGAUAACGUGUUUGUUUUUGGUUGAUAUUCAUUCAUCCCUCGGUCUGUUGAAAAUCUAGAUUUUCAGCUGCGUUCAUUUUAAUCCAUACACACCUGUGGAAACUGAGUCCACUGUGGCUCCAUGAGACACAUGGGAAAGUCAUUCAUUUCACAGCUAUGUCAACUUUCAGGGGACCCCUAUCACAGAUGGCCACUGUGAGUUUAACAACAGUACUUCCUUGCCUGAUGAACUGAAAAGCUUUCAGUCAUGUUUGAGGUUGAAGACCAGCACACUGUAACUGCCUCCCUCGGUGAAAUGGACUGCUCAGUGGUCAGGCUCGCCCAAGCCGAGGUCGGAACAUGCUUU